GUCGCAAAGUGACAACCACUGUCGGAAAUACUAAACGUUUUGGUGUUGAAAAAAGUCGGACCAGAAUCUAUUGUGGUGAUGUUGGAGAGGAGUGAACGAGCUGGCUACAGAGACGGGAGAUAUAUUAUGAGUACGCGGACCAACACGCGGAAACCGGAUGAAUAUGGAUACUAAUUCACAUCCCAGAUAUUAGUACAUUUUAAUGAAAAGGGACUCGCUGCGGACAAUCUGAAUUAUCCGGUAGACGGAAGAGUUAAGAACCAAAAUCACAACUGUUUAUUUCAUUAGCUAGCAGGCUAGCUGGCUAGUUUCAAUGCGGGUCUGGAAUGGGGGAAGCUCGUCCGAAAUUGACUCAAUAAGGAUUUAUAUCGUGUACGGAAUAAACAUCUUGUACUCGUUGUUGUUUUUACAAAGUACGUGAUUUCCCGUGGAGAUCGUAGCGGCAACUUUAAAGAAGAAAGAUGCACCUAAACUGAACAUUAAAAGUGAUCCACCAAAAAAGACAAAGUCGUACAGGCUCCCCGGUCGAGGCUCCAGGUUCCACAGACGGGGACUCGCAGGCCUGUGUCAGAGUUUGGCAUGGGGUUACUGUGCCAGCCUUGCCCCUACCAGGCGCUCUAGAUGAUGAUGAUUCCCCAGCGCAACAUGACAGAGAGGCAGUGAGGCUCGGCUAGCCCCCACCUGACCCGACGAUACUCUCAACACUCCCUUGUUCUACUCUAACUGCUGACCCCCACAUCCUGUCCCACAAUGCUGCGUUUCCUGCCUCUGAAGCUGGGUCGCCUCUACCGUUGUCUGAAGCUUCUGCUGGUGGUGGGUCUGUUUGUUAUCCUCCUGAUGAACACCCACAACCUGUUCGCCUCCUUCCAGAAGAACGAGCUGACGGACCGCCGCUUCAUCAACCUCAACAAGUGCCCCGCCUGCUUCGGCACCAGCUGGUGCAGGAAGUUCAUGAAUGGCCAGGUGUCUUUCGAGACCUGGGGACGCCUGCGCUUCCUGGAUGUCUUCAACGUCAAGAACGUGUACUUCGCCCAGUACGGAGAGCCGCGCGAGGGGACGAGGCGCGUGGUGCUCAAACGCCUGGGAUCCAAUCAGGAGCUGGCGGACAUUGACCAGAAGAUCUGUAAGAGAGCUACUGGCCGCCCGCGCUGCGACCUCAUCCAGGCCAUGUACAAGACGGAGUUCGCUAGGCUGAACGGGGACGUGAGGCUGCUGACCCCUGAGGUGGUAGAGGGCUGGUCUGACCUCGUGCACUGUCCCUCCCAGAGGCUGCUGGACAGGGUGGUGCGACGUUAUGCCGAAACCAAAGACUCUGGCAGCUUCCUGCUGAAGAACCUGAAGGACACCGAGAGGAUGCAGUUACUGAUGACCCUGGCCUUCAACCCUGAGCCCCUCGUACUACAGAGUUUCCCGUCAGACGAGGGCUGGCCGUUCGCCAAGUACCUGGGGGCGUGUGGUCGCGUGGUGGCGGUGAACUACGUCGGCGAGGAGCUGUGGUCUUUCUACAACGCUCCGUGGGACAAGAGGGUCGACCUGGCCCGACAGCUGAUGGACAUCGCUGAGCAGCUCACCAACAACGACUUUGACUUCGCCCUCUACCUGCUGGACGUGAGCUUCGAUAACUUCGCCGUGGGGCCGCGGGACGGAAAGGUCAUCGUGGUGGACGCUGAGAACGUCCUGGUGGCCGACAAGAGACUGAUCAAACAGAAUAAACCAGAGAACUAUGACGUGUGGUACGAGAGUCGCUUCGAGGACUGUGACAAGGAAGCCUGCCUGUCCUUCUCCAAGGAGUCUCUGUGUAACCGCGUCACCGUGGACCACAACUACUACGCUGUGUGUCAGAACCUGCUGUCUCGUUACGCCACGUGGCGAGGGACCACCGGCGGCCUGCUCCACGACCCCCCAGCCCACGUAGCCAAAGACGGCCAGCUGGAAGCGCUGUUGGACGAGUGUACCAACCCUAAAAAACGCUACGGACGCUUCACGGCUGCCAAGGAGCUGAGGGACUACCUCACCCAGCUAGUUUCCUCCUCCUCCUCCUCCUCAGCCACGGCGAGGUGAUGAAGAGAGCCUACACUUGGCGAUAGCCUGCAGCUCGGCAUGGCUGGUCAGGGUUUCACCCCCCCUGACCUUGUCCCCAGGAACUUAACCCUUGACCCUCCUCGUCUCACUUCAAGUGCAGGAGAUCUCCUCACUGGUCACACAGCUGGUUUGGUUUGGUCUCCUUCCUGGUGGAAACCCAAACUGAUCGAUAGGAGAUGUUUAAAGGGAACUAGGAAGUCCUUCACUGCUGGUUUAUAUUUUUAUUUCUGACUUUGUUUGGUAGCUGGUGAGAAUGAGGUGCUUGGAGCUAGUGGACCAGGAGAAGGGGAUCGACAGGCCCAGAGCAGGACUGUUCUCCUGGGGGAGAGCUGAGGGAAAAGCGCCUGGCUACUCUAAUGGAGCAUGUGGUGUCUGACUCAAUGACUCCUCUCUCCUCAUGCUCUGUCCCAACACUUCCAAAUAGACUCCUCUCCUUGUGUCCUUUCCUUCACUACCAGUCACUAUCACUGUUGUUGUAUAAUAUAUAAGAGGUUAAAGAUCUGGAAAGGGGAACAUCCUAUGUAUUUCACCUAUCAGGAUCUUUCAGAUGAGUGGUGUUCUGUGGGUAAAGGAACACGGACAGGAAGUGAUUUGGAAGAAUUGAGUCAUAUUUCCAUUGCGGUACCUACAGAGUCUGCUAUAAUUGAUUUGAGUGACUUUUUAGUGUCUAGUUUGUCUAAUGUUUUCUCCUCUACAGUUCCACUGUCUGUCUGUUCUGUUUGAAAAGGGAAAUGCUGAUUCUGUCUGAACUCUUCUGUGUGUGGGGGGGGGGGGGUUGUUUUGUUGUUGUACUUCCUCAACAGCCCUGAUUCUGACUCCUCACAUGUUGUAAUCUCUCUUGAGUUUUGUGUUCGAUAUUAACCGUUGCCUCUUCACUCCUCAGCGUACCCUCUGAGCCAUCGACCUUUAAAUGAUCUAUAUUUCUAAUCUCCAGCCAAUGUUAUGGGGAAUUAAAGCAGAUCCAAAAGUUGGCUGUCCUUCUACAGGUCUGGGGCCGGGUUCAUGACCCCUGUCUGUCCUUCUACAGGUCUGGGGCCGGGUUCAUGACCCCUGUCUGUCCUUCUACAGGUCUGGGGCCGGGUUCAUGACCCCUGUCUGUCCUUCUACAGGUCUGGGGCCGGGUUCAUGACCCCUGUCUGUCCUUCUACAGGUCUGGGGCCGGGUUCAUGACCCCUGUCUGUCCUUCUACAGGUCUGGGGCCGGGUUCAUGACCCCUGUCUGUCCUUCUACAGGUCUGGGGCCGGGUUCAUGACCCCUGUCUGUCCUUCUACAGGUCUGGGGCCGGGUUCAUGACCCCUGUCUGUCCUUCUACAGGUCUGGGGCCGGGUUCAUGACCCCUGUCUGUCCUUCUACAGGUCUGGGGCCGGGUUCAUGACCCCUGUCUGUCCUUCUACAGGUCUGGGGCCGGGUUCAUGACCCCUGUCUGUCCUUCUACAGGUCUGGGGCCGGGUUCAUGACCCCUGUCUGUCCUUCUACAGGUCUGGGGCCGGGUUCAUGACCCCUGUCUGUCCUUCUACAGGUCUGGGGCCGGGUUCAUGACCCCUGUCUGUCUUUGUAAAGCAAUAACGACUAGUUUGGCUGAAAAAAUGGAUAGGAUUGUUCUAGUUCUAGUUAUGAUUUAGAAUCUCCUUGUGGAUGUCUGAAAUGGCACCUUAUUCCCUAUAUAUAGUGCACAACUUUUGACCGCAUGGUAGUGCACUAAAUAAGGAAUAGGGUGCGAUUUCGGACUCAAACGCCUGGUUUUGUUGUCAUCGGGAAUGUUUCCUGUUCCCCCCCCCCCCCCCCCCCCGGGGGGACCUGGAGGAUUCUAAUUGGUUCGUUCAGUAGUUGGAGGAGGGGUUUGUAUGUAAAUAACUGUCUGCUUUUGUACUGUGAUGUUUCAUUUGAGUAUCUUAUAUCAGCGGUGUCUGAUUUCACUGUGCCUUUCAUUCAAAGGUUGUAUUUACAACUUUUUAGUGGGUUUAAAUAUUAAAAUAUAUAUAUAUAUAUAUAUCUAUACUUA